CCUCUGACCUGAUAUUAAUUGAAAAAAGAAAAAAAAACACUAUUAAAAUACCAACCAUUAAGUUAAAAAUUUCUUUUGUUAUAUAGUUGGCUCUUGUCUGAAUGUACUGUAUGUCAGUGCAGUGUUUUCCAAGCUAUUAUAAAAAUGUAUGAUCAUAUGAAAGUUUAGUUUUAAACAUUCUGAUUAAGAGUAUUGUUGUUUUUAUAACAUAACAAAUCACUCUUUUCUCACCAUCUCUAAAAAGCCAAGACAAUGUUGAUUCUUGUUUUAUUACAAGCUCUGUUGUGUUUUGUUUUUGGCCUCUCUUUGACCUUUUUUUUUUAACGGGUGAUUCGAGGUUUUGCAUUCUUCAAGUGUGGGUACUUUUGGGCGUGCUGAAAGGUAGGGGCAUUCCGAAAGGUAGUGGACAUGUCGAAUGAUAUUUACAAUUGGUCAACGAAAGCUGCCUGUUAGGGUGUGGGGUUGGGUUAGGGGUUAGUUUCUGUUGUAGCAUUAGGCGUUUUUGAAUUUUUUUAUUUUUUUUUAUAGAUUUUGACUUAAAAUAGCAGACUGUGUGGGUGAUUCAAAAGAAUAUGGAGCCAUCUGCUCUCUAAUUGCUCUUGAGGUACUUUGAUGUCAUACACCGGUUGGUCUGCACAGCUUCAAGUCGAACAUGUUGUCUAUUAACGAAUAUGAUGAGACACACACAGACAAGUGACAUACACUAUUUCCCAAGAAAACCAUAAUGUCAGGUCUAAAGUAUAAACACUUAUAAUAAGAAUACCAUGAAUCAGGGUAAGACAAAAACACGUUUUGGAAGAAGAAUUGAUACUCAUUAUUUAUAUUUUGUUAAUUUUGAACAAAAAAAGUUUACCCUUAAGUUUUAAACCAAUGCACAAAGCCACUGAUAGAGAAAAUCAGGAUUUGUAUAAUUGCAAUUUGGAAAGAAAACCUUAAAGUUACUGAGAUAUAGCCCUUGUGGCCACUUCACUGUGUGACACUGAUCUGCCCUAUAGGCUAUUAUAAAUUAUGCAAAUAAAUUGAAUGUAAUUUAUUGGUAUUACAAAUAAUAAAUGCAUGAAUUUAUCAGAUCUUAAGGACAUGUUCUUUUGCAUUGUUCAGAUUGACCCAUCAGCACCCAGCGAAUAUCUGCAGAUGAUUCAGUCGGCUAGGAACGCAGAGGAACAAAAUCUAGAGGCAUAUAUGAAUAAAGGACAUCUAUGUUUCAGAGCCAUAAAGGAUAUUCCUGAAAACACUGAGCUUUUAGCUUGGUAUGGGAGAGAUAUAGCCAAACUGGUUGGUCUCAGCACCGAGCAAAAGAACACAAAAGGUUUCAUUUGCUCUGAAUGCAAACAAAGUUUUCUCUUUGAAUUCCCUUUACUGGCACACCAGAGAUUUUUCUGCAUAAAAAAGCCUAUAUGUUUUUCGAAGAAACUUACCAUCCCAGAAAUUCAUUCACUCAGUAGCAAACCAACCACAGACUUCCAUAAUUUGGCACGAGAGCUGGAGAAUUGCAGGAAAAAUCGACCCGCAGAUGCAAAGAGCACUAAAAGAAGACAUUCUCUUGAAUCAGACACAGAUGAGAGUGAUGGCGAACCAUCAUCUUUUGACACCCACGGAGAUGAAAAGGUAUCUGUGAAAAGGUUUUGUGUUAAUGCCGUGAAUAGACCCUCCUGGUCGUCUGCCAGCAAAAAAUCUUUCAGCAAGGGCCAAAAUUCUCAGUGCAGCUCACUACAAAGCCAUGAUAACUGCACGACAGACCCCGACAAGCAGGAUUUGAAACCUAUUACAGUAGCGACCAAGCCUGCGUUCACCACUAGAGGGUCGUAUGAUGUUCCAGAUGACAAGGACAGGAAGAGCGCGUUCACACAACCUCCACGCAUCACGCCCCAUAUCCCACUGAUGUCAGCCAGUCUUACCAAUGACAACACCCCUAACUGGUCAGCUUUCCUCCCCAGCUUUCUACCACUCAACUUCCAGAGCUCUGCUUUGCUAUACAAGGACCUUCCCAAACAGUUGUCUCUUCUUCCCAGCACAAACCUUUGGCCCAAGACCUCCCGGCUGCAGAAACUGCACACUACACCUUUGCAGUCGCUACUGCCUCCCUCUCCAUCUUCUCUUGGUCUACCUAUGCAGAACUGGUGCGCUAAAUGUAAUAUUUCUUUCCAUAUGACAUCAGACCUGGUGCAACACAUGAGGUCCCACCACAAGAAGGCGGUGUCAGAUGAGCAGCAGAGGCACAGGGACGAGAAGCUGAAGUGUCCCAUAUGUAACGAAGCGUUCAGAGAGCGUCAUCACCUGUCACGUCACAUGACCUCUCAUAUCUAAGUUGAUGCUAAAAAAAAAUAUUAGGUUUUUUGAGAUUAACUACACUAGCCUGCCACCGGCUGGCGAGAUCUGCCGGUUGCAAGAGGGGGAGGAGUACAGAGACGGCCAUCAGGUCGUAGAACCAAUGUUAUCCAUGGAAGACCACACGAUUUUUGUGUUGAUUGUAGCUGAAGAAGUGGAUGAAAUUCUCAUGUUUUGAAAAUCAGAUAUUCAAUAUCAAGAUUGGUUAAAUACAGGAACUCGUCUAAGAAAAAGCAGCACACGUCGUCCUUGUCAUCAUCAAGGCUUUCGCAGCCGAUUUUGAGCAACUGCAGCUCCUGACCUUGGCGACUGGUCUCGUUUUGCUCUUGCAAUACUUUGAUGGCACAUGUGAUCGUAAGGCGGCUGCAGCGCCGAUCAAAGUUGGACAAAUUUUCUAACCAGAAUGCAUUGCUUUUGUCAGGCGGCAGACAAUCUUGGUGGUGCAGCAUAUAGUCGAACAAGCUUAUUCUGUUCCUCCUACCUAAAGAAGCAUUUUGAAAAUUGAUUUAGUAAAAGUUUUUAAAUAUUUUUAAAAAAUGUAUAGUAAAUGUCAUUGUCAAAUUUAAAUGUAUUGUCAAUGCCAAUGAAUUUCAGUGAAAACAUUAAUUGGUACUUACCUAGGGGCAUCACUCACAUUAAGAUGAGUUUUUAGAACCUGUUUUUGCGGUAUAUUUCUAAGGCAUCGCUGUCGAAGAGUAAUUAGUCGUUGAAGUGGAUUUACUUAUUGUAGAGUUAACUAAAGUUAUCAUGAGCAUUGUAAUUUUUGAAGCAGAUGUCAUAACAAAUGUUAGUAGACUGGGAAGAUUUUAAAACGAAUGAUUCAUUCAUAAAUCCGUAAGAUCUUACCUUAAUGCAGUGGAAAUACAAACCGGAAGACAGAGCACAACGAGGCGCAGCACUGAAAAGGGGCGGGGCUACACAAGAUCUUGUUAUUAGAUUUUAUAGGAUUUUCUAUUUAAAUUAAAUACAUGUUUGAUAUAUUUUAUAAAAUGCUUAUUUAUGUAAAUGUGGUCAAAUUGAGCGACUUUGUUCGGUAAAUAAUAAAAGAAAAUUUUUAAUAACACACUUUAUUUUACAUUUGGUGUAUUUUGUGUUGUUAACUAAUUUAUUUAUUGAAAGAAGCUACAUAAAUGCCAUAAAUAAAAGCAUCAAUGGUACCAUAAAUACAUGCUAUCAGAAAACAAUCCAAUGUCAUCACUGUUUUAUUGUACUUGUAAAUAAAAUGUUUUGCUUUCUGUAUCAUACACCAGCAUUAAUCUUGAUUUUUUUUUUUUUUUUUUUGUGAAAGAAUACUAAAAGGCACUAACAGAUUCUUAUUGUAUUCAUGUAUUUAAAUGGUUUAAACUUUAGAAGUUUAUCAUCUAAAUUGUUGGUUACCACUGCAAGUUGUAGCAGCAAUACUAGUUUGGACACUAGGUGGCG